AUGUUCUCUUCUUGCGGCACGCACCUUUCACAGGCGAAUUCCAUGUCAGAGUUGUAUGAACUAACCAUCUGCAGAGAAGAUGCGGUCCCAGCAAAAUCGCCUUUGGACUCUGACUACAGGCAGGAUCCUUUUCUCGCCGCGUCCUCUAGCUCAAGCUUCACCGAAGAAAACAUUUCAAGCAUUACGGGCCUUCCUCUCACUAUAUCCUCCCCUAAAAUCGGCCAGCUUUACAACAUAUUCCACCCUUCUGAUCCAAUUGCAUACCGUCUAGAACCGCUUAUUUCUCCUGCAAUGUCCUCUAUGAAGCCACAACUAUUACCCUAUACUAAGAGCUCUUUGGCUAGCUCAGUAAGUGGAAUUGGAGCGAAGGUCGGCCAGAGCGUCAGUGGUCUUUGGUCUAGCUUGAGUUCUGGAAUCGCAAGCAGUCUCUUGAACCGCAGUCUUGGCCUCACUAGCGACGAUGUAGCCAAAUUGGAAGCAGCGCCGACCCCUCAAACGCGGGCCUCUUCCCAAUCUGUUGGGGCUGGAACGAACAUCUCGGCUGGUGGAGUCCUUCAGUCAGAUGCCCCAUCUUUACAGAGACAACAUACCAAUGAGAAGAAGCUACAACUGGCCGAAGAUACGGUAGCUGCGGAUAGAGAUGGAAGCAGUGCAAAUGCUCCCACCUUGAUUGAUGACGAGAUCGAGACACUUUUUGCCGGUUUUCAAAAGAGUAGGAAGAACACCCAAAAUGAUGAAGCGGGUGAGAAUUGGUCAGAGGCCGAAGAGAGAGGCCGAAAGCUGCGAAGAGAGGAGCUGAAAGUUAGAGCUUUGAAUCAGAAUGGGAGAGUCGAUUACAGUAUCCAGGACACUAUCGCAAGCCACCUUAGCUAUUGGGCAGAUGAGGAUGUCUCUCACUUUGUCAUGUCUCAAUUAUUGAGUCGGUCACGCCAAAAGAAUAGCCAGAAAUAG